GUUGAGUCGUGAAAUAAAAACAUUUGUGCAAGAAUGGAUGGUAAAAAGUUAAAUAUUGAAUUUGCUGAAAAUUUAGAAGCUAAUAUUUCGGAAGACAAUUUUUGGGAUCACUACGAUAAUCAACAGGGUCCUAUAAAUUAUCUCGAAACAAAUUAUGAAAUGCAUUGUCAAAUGAAUGAUCUAAAAGCAAAAGUAUCGGAGCUGGAAAUGAAAGCAUCACUUUAUGACGAUAAGGAGAAUCUGUAUAAGGACAAACUAAAAUUCAAGGAUGAUCUAAUUGAAGCGUUAAAGUUGUCCAUUGAAUCAACUAAAAAUGCUAAUAAUAAUAAUGACAAUGACUCAUUAAAUAAGAAAACUGACAACAUGUUAGAACAGCUGAAAGAUGAUAAAGAACAAAUAAGUCUCAAAAGCAAAGAUGAGGAAAUUAAAAAAUUAAAAGCUCAGUUAAAACUGAAAAAACAAACGCUUCAAAUGUACAAUGAUACAAUUAAGCAAAAUGCGGCCUUAAUCAAAAAGAACAACGUGUUCCGUGAAGUCGUCAUGAAAAUAAAAAACACAAUCUAUAUUAAAAUGGAAUAUGGUGGAACAACUUUGUCGAUGCAUGUACCCAAGUUAAAACCCUUUGAACCUGUUCUGGAGAACAAAAUAGCUGGGCCAGGUUGGAUCGUAAUACAACGUCGAUUCAAUGGUAGUACUGAUUUUGAAACAGAUUUGACGGAUUACUAUGAUGGCUUUGGCAAAAUCAAGGACGACUUUUGGCUUGGUCUAGAACGGAUCCAUAAAAUAACAUCGCAUCAACGACAUGAAUUAUAUAUUCACAUUGUUGGCUUUGAUGGUAAAACUCAUUUUGCAAAAUAUGAUAACUUUGUAGUCGGCAGUAAAGAUGAAAAAUAUCUGCUAAAAUCACUGGGCAAAUAUAGUGGAAAUGCCAAUGAUAUGAUGCGAUUAAGUGAAAACAGACUGUUUGCCAUUGGUAAGAAGAGUUACAAAUGUGGAUGGUGGUGGCUAGAACAAGCAACUCCCAGCUGUAAUCUUAAUGGCAAAUACUCAGAAAAAAUGAUUGAUAAUGAGGAAUAUCUUUUCUGGGGACUCAAAUCGUGGGGAAAUAAAGGAAAUUUCAUUAAAUCUGUGCAAAUGUUAAUAAGGCCGUUGAAACCAUGAGAUUUGUAAGAAAAUUGUAUCUAAUUAUUUAUUUAUGACUUGCUUUAAUCAAAA